CUGAUGCUUAAAUCGCUUGAAUGACAUCUGAUUCCUUGAACAAACUGAACACUGAUAUACGUAAAGAGAAGAUCGAGUGCACAGUGCAUAUUGAGGCCUCCGCCGUGGAGAUUGAGGAGCGGGGGGUGAAGCUGCGGCGCACCGUGGUGGUCACACCCGGGUCCGGAGAUAACAUCAACAGCCAAGACUGCCUCGAGCCCAUGGAUGUGCAGAUCAUGAAGGCCCUUCACAACAAGGUCGGCCUGGUCCCAGUCAUCACCAAGGCCGACACCCUAACACUGAGGGAGCCUGAGACUCAAGCGCAAGGGCAUAUCGACCGAGGCGCUCACAUCACUCUGCGGCUCUGUCUCUGUCAC